GCGGGUCAUUUCCACGCGCCGCCAUCGCCGCAAGCCUGGCCUGUGGGAUGUUGGCGCCAGGUCGGGAGGCGAGAUGCUCGCCGGUGGCCGGGAGUAAACCAUGACCAGGCUUUUGGGCGUGGUGCACAGAGUCGCUUUGGCGGUCGUGCGCUGCAGUGGCCGUGGCUGCGCGGGGCUCAGCAUGUUCUAUGCCGUGAGGAGGGGCCGCAAGGCAGGGGUCUUCCUGACCUGGAAUGAGUGUAGAGCACAGGUGGACCGGUUUCCUGCUGCCAGAUUUAAGAAGUUUGCCACAGAAGAGGAGGCCUGGGCCUUUGUCAGGAACUCUGCCAGCCCCAAUGGUUCGGAAGGGCAGGAAAGUGAACAUGUACAAAAGUUACAAGCGAAAGCUAACAAGCGACUCCGCGAGCCCUUGGAUGGAGAUGACGGUGAAAACACAGAGCCUUGUGCAAAGCACGUGAAACAGAGCACAGACUCGAUACCGUCAGUCAGCAAAGACAUGUUUUCUUAUAUGGGAGAAUUUGCGGUCGUCUACACUGACGGCUGCUGCUCCAGUAAUGGGCGGAGGAGGGCACGAGCAGGAAUUGGUGUUUACUGGGGGCCGGGCCAUCCUUUUUUUGAAACCAGAAAUGUAGGCAUUAGACUUCCUGGACGACAGACAAACCAACGAGCCGAAAUUCAUGCAGCCUGCAAAGCCAUCGAACAGGCCAAGGCUCAGAACAUCAAUAAGUUGGUUCUGUAUACGGACAGUAUGUUUACUAUCAAUGGUAUCACUAACUGGGUUCAAGGUUGGAAGAAAAAUGGAUGGAGAACAAGCACAGGGAAAGAGGUGACCAACAAAGAGGACUUUGUGGAGCUGGACAGACUUACCCAGGGCAUGGACAUCCAGUGGAUGCAUGUUCCUGGUCAUUCGGGAUUCGCAGGCAAUGAAGAAGCUGACAGAUUAGCGAGAGAAGGAGCUAAGCAAUCUGAGGACCGAAUGAAGUCAUUUUAAUUCUUGGAAAAACUUGAGCCGGUGGCUGUUUUCCUACUUUUACUUACUGGUGUGAAAAACAAAACCACAGGAGCACCUUUGCAAGUAGACGGGGAGACACCACUGUCAACCUAAGUCAGAAAGGCCAGGUAGCGUUCUGUGAUGCCGCGUGAUAAACAGUAGUUAAAUGUAUGAUAAAUUGAGCAUCCUUUGAGAUUUGAGAAUUGUUUGAGAUUUCAGCAUUAUGCUUUAUUGGGCUUGAUACUCUUCUCAUUAGUUUUACUGCAGUCUGGACAAAAGUUUUAGGACUUUGAUUUCAUAAGGAUGAAUAGAACAUUGGUUAAAAAAUGCAGACAGGAAGUCUUGAAGUAUUCUGAAAGAGUUCAUUUACCUUCCAGUUGGGAGGAUUGUGUCUCAGGGUUUUCGGGUUGACAUGUGCCUGUGUGGGGGGACUCCCUUGCUGUGCAGCCCAUGUGGGCCCACAGCUCAGCAGAGGAUGUGGGCUGGGUCUUACCUGGCUGGGCACCCGUGUACAGGGCAAACCUGCACAUAGGUAGCCCUGGCUGCUCGACAUUUGUGUAGGAACGGUUACCACCAUUAAAGACCUAGAUGUGUAAAUAAAUCUUCUAAAAUUUU